AUGAGUGGACUAAUUAAAAAAUAUGUAACUAAAUCAAUGAAAGAAAUAAUUACUAAUAAAAAUAAAAGAGACAUAAAAAAAGAUGGUAAUCAAACUAAUCUUGAAGUGAAAACUGCAAAUAAGAAAAAUAAGGGUGAAAAUGUUAUUAAAAAAGAUUGUAAGAUUGAGUCAAAAGAUAAAAUACCAAAUGAUGUAAAUAAUAAUUUAAUAUAUAAAAAAUUACGAAAAAAGUUAGAUAAUUUAAACUAUAAUAAACCAUUAUGUGUAGGAUGCACACCUUUAGUUCAAGCCGUUUUUGAUGACUUGAUACAAGCAAUACAAAAUUUUCAAAAAAUUUCUGAUAAAUAUGAAGAUACUAGAAAGAAAUAUAAAGACCUUUUAUCUGAGAAUAAAAAAAAUGGUUUCCCUUCAAAAGAUCUAAAAAUGGAAAAAGAGGAUAUGGGCGGGAAUAAAAGUCAAGCAGAUAAAUCAAAUACUGAAUUAGUGAUAAAGGGAUACGAAAAAAAAGUAGAUAAACUUAAGAAACAAUUAGAAGAAGAAUUAAAAAUGAAAGAAUCAUAUAUAGCAGAAAAUAAAAAAUUAAAACUUUCUUUAGAAAUAUUAGAAAAAAAUACAAAGGAAUAUUUAGAUAAUUCAUCUGAUUGUGGAUCUGACAAUAAUUUCUCUUCAUUUAAUAAUAAAACAAAAUCGUUUGACGAUUUUGAAUUAGAAAAGGAAAAAAAGAAAAAAAAACAUAUGAAUAAUUACAUGAACGAAAGUAAUAAUAAUAUAAUAAAUAACCAUGUCUUAUCAUGGGGAAAAGAAUUGUCUUAUUAUAAAAAAUUAUGUAAAGAAUUAAAAAUGGAAUUAGAAAAAGCUAAAACAGACCCAGACACAUUUUGUAGUGAUAAUACUAAAAAUCAAGAUAUCGAAAUAAAAAAUUUAAAAAAAAAAUUAAACGAAUAUGAGAUUGAAAUAAAGAAAAUGAAUGAAUUGAGGAUGGUACAUGAUGAAAACAAAAAAGAACAAAACACGAGAAGUGAAUUUACGACAAAUAUAAGUAAUGAUAGUAAGGGUGAAAAUUCCAAAGGUUCAAAUGAGGGUCGUGAAAAUAAUGAAUGGAAAAUUGAGAAUGAUGGGGAAGUUAAAGAUUUAGAAAAAGUUAUAAAACAGCGGGACAAUGAAAUAUUUCAUUUACAAAAUCGAGUUGUUUUACUGGAAACCGAAUUACAGGUAAAAAAUGAACAGAGCAAUAAAUAUAAAGAAAAACUUAAAAAUAUGAGUGAAACAGAAUAUAAUAGACUAAAUAAUGAACUUAAUAGUAGUGUUAGUACUGCUGAUAGGAAUGAGAAUGAAACAUCUGAAAAUAAAUUUAUGAGCAAGUCAGGUGAAUUUUCAUCAUAUAGUUGUAAUGAGAUAACGAAUUCAACUAAUGUAGAUGAUUUGAUGGGGGAAAUAAAAUCGAAAGAUCCCAAAAUGGAGGAAAUGAAAAAAUUAAUAGAAAAGAUGAAAAAAGAAUUAAAUGAAGAGAAGAAAAAAAGUAAUAAAUAUGAAAGAGAAUAUAAUAAAGAAAAAGGGGAAGUUAGUAUAUUAAAAGAGGAGUUAAAAAUUUUAGAAAAAGAAAUUGAAAAAAAGCGAACUGAAUUUAAUAUAGACAAAAAUAUAAUAAAGAAUUUAAAAUUAGAAUCAGAUGAAUUUAAUAAUAUAAUUUCAUGUUCUAAUGAAACAAAAAAACAAUUAACUGAUUAUAUUCAUAAUAUAUUAAAUACAUUAAGUGAAUAUAAUGAUAAGAUAGAUGAAUUAAAAAACAGUAAUAUAUUGCAGGAUGAAAAAAUUCAAGUAUAUAAGAAAGAAAUAAAAAAAUUAAAAGAGGAUUUAAUAGAUUCUAGUAAUCAAAUGGAUGAAUUUGCAUCUCUUUUAGAUAAAAAAGACGAGGUUAUAGAAAGCUUUAAAAAUAAAUUAGAGAUAUUAAAUAAAGAAUAUGCAGAAUCAACUAUAAAAUUUAAUGAAAUAUUAAAAGAGAAUAAAAAUUUACAACUUAUGAAUACAUCACAUAAUGCUAAUAGUAGUUUAGUUAUUCAGCAAUUACAACAAGAGAUUCAAAUUUUAAAUGUUACAAAUAAUCAUUUACUAAAAGUUGAAGAAGAUUAUAAAAUAGUUUUACAAGAAAAAACAAUUGUUGAAGAUGCAGCAAUAAAAAUUCAAACUGAAUUAAAAAAAUCAGUAGAUAAAAUAAAAAAUUUAGAAACAUAUAUACAAACAUUGUCUAUUGAAAUAGCAAAUUUAAAAACACAACGAGAUGAUUCAUUAGAUGCAUUAACAAAAGUAGCUAUAGACAAAACACAAUAUGAAAAUGAGUUAAUACAAUGUAAAAGUAUUAUUGAUGAUUUAAAAAGAAAAUUAAAUGAAUAUGAAAAAAAUGUUUUAUUUGCACAAAAUAAUAUUAGUGAAAUAAGUAAGAUGAAUAUUAAAAAAGAACAAGAAGAAAUUAUUUUAAAAAAUGAAAUAAAAUCAUUAAGAGAAAAUUUAAAUGAAAAAACUAUAAAGUUAGAACUUUUACAAGAAAAAGAAAAUACAAUUGAACAAAAUAAUAUUAGCUACAAUAAAUUUCAUUUAGAAGCACAUACAAAAUAUAAUUAUUAUGAGCAGAUUAUACAUAAUUUAAAAAAAGAAAUAGAUGAACUAACGAUUAAUAAUAAUGAUAAUAUAGUUAUAAUAGAGAGAUUAAAAUCGGAGUUAAAUAACCAUGAAAAAAUGGCUAGCUCACAGCGUCGUUAUAAUUAUAGUAAUGAUCUUAUUAAAAAUCAAAAAAAAAAUAUAAAAUCUAUUUCUGGUAAUAGUAUUAAUAUUGAUAGAGAUGAUAAAAUUAUGGCUAUUGAAAAUUACAAAAAUAUUAUUAGUAAUACGAAAGGCGAAUAUGAUAAUCAAAGUAAUGUGUCUAAACAAGGUAAUUUACCAUUUGAAGAAAAUAGAGAAAUAAAAAAUAAGGAAAUAAUAAAUGUUAGUAAUAAUUUGGGAAUAGAAGUUACAUCAUUUGGUGAAAUUCCAUUUGGUGAUGCACAAUUUGUUGAAUUAAAUUCUCCGAAUCCAUAUCCUAAAGGGGAUGAAGAAGAAGAUAUAUAUGACUACAAUGAUGGAUUUACAAUUUUUUUAAAUUCACAUAAAAAAAAAGAAGAAAAUGUAAAAAAUGAUGAGGCUAUUGAAAGAAAUAUACAUGUUAGUGGAUACACAGAAGAUAAUUUUAUGAAUUUAACAAAUAACCAAAUAGGAAUAGAAGAAAAUGAUAGAAAUCAAACUGAAAAUAAAAGAACCAAUCUUGAUGAUACCACAAAAUCACAGGAAAACAAAAUAUUAUACACAGAUGAUGAAGAUUUUAUAUAUAAUGAGUUUGAAGGAAAUGAAUUUUUAAUGAAAAAUGAAUAUUCAAAAGAUUUUACAAAUUUUUCAAAUUGUGAAAUUUUAAAUUCUGAUACAUUAUCAUAUAUGAAAAGAGAUAAUAAGAAAAUGAUAACAAAAAAAAAUGAUAUAAAGGAUAAAUCCAAUAAUAACAUUGAUAGUAUAACUACAGAAAAUGUCAAUGCACAAUCUGUAUCACUAUUAAAAGAUAUGACAGUAUCGUCUAUAAAUAAUGUCAAUAAUAAAAUUGCUAGUGAAGAAAACGAAGAGAAGGAACACGAACAAGAGUUCGUUGCCAGUGAAUACUCAUUUUCCUAUUUGGAGAAUAAUGAUGUUUCUUUAUUUAGUAGUUCAAAAAUAAAGAAAAUGUUUAAUCUUCGUUCUACAAAUAAUAUGAAAAAUCAUGAAGAGAAAAAUGUAAUUGAUAAGACAUAUCCUAGAGAAAGAAAUACAAAUACAUUGAAAAAAAGUAAUAAUUUAAACAUUUCAAAUAUAAAAAAUAUAUAUAAAAGUAGUGGAAGGGAAAAUAAAAAAUAUGAUCCGGAAAUAAAAGAUUCUUAUGGAAAUAUGGUAUUUGAUAUAAAUGAUAAUACACAUUUUGAUGAAGAUUAUGAUAAUAAAAAAAAUAUAAUAGGAAAUCCAAAGGAAGGGAAACUAUCUGACCAAAGAAUGUAUUAUGAACAAAUUGAAAUAGGAGAAGAUAUGGACAACAAUAAUAAUAGAGAUAUUUCUCCAGGGCAACCAUCUCAAUAUGAUGUAGAUAGUUUAAAAAAUGGUUUGAAAAAUAGUGAUAUAAAGAGAAGAGAUCAUAGUGGGUCACUUCGAUUUAGUGGUAUGAGAGAUAUGAGUGAUGACAAAAAAAUAAACCAUUUGAUUGAACGAAAAAAGAAAAUGGAAAAAAGUAAUAAAUAUAAGAAAAAGAGUAAUAGUGUAAAAAACAAGGAGUGUAAUUUUAUUUCACAAACUAGCUAUGAAGCAAAUAGUAAUUCGAGUAGUGUAUUGCUCGAUUCGGUAAGUUCCGAUUUUUCUAAUAAUAUAAGUAUUGACCAAUAUAAUGAUUCUAAUAGUAAAAGAAGAUCAGAUAGGAAAAAUGAAAUGAAUUAUUCUAAACAUAAACGCAGUGUUAAUAAUUUGAAGAGGGAAGAAAGGAAUGCGAAUGAAAUAAAUAGGAGCAAAAAUAUAUAUGAAAAUUAUGAUAAAAUAAGUGGUGAAGAAUAUAAAAAUGAUAAUGGGGAUAGAAAAGAAAAAGAUAUAUCUUACAAUAGUAUAAAUGACUAUCCUUACCGAUAUAAAGAAAAUGCAAAAAAUUAUAAUAGAGACGAUGUUAGUGUAAAUAGUUAUACAAAAAAUUCAGGUCAAAGUCGAGCUAAAACAAAACAAGAACUAUAUAAUAAAUAUAUGGAUGUAUUGAAAAAUUUAAAAAGUGAAGAAAUUGAUGCAUCUGUAGAUACAAAUAAUAAUCGAACAAUCGAUUUAACAAACGAUUUUACUAAAACACAUGAAAAUUCGACAUCUAUUUUAUCAUCAAUGAAAACUUUACAAAAAGAUAGCAUAUUUAGUAACUUGUCGAAAUUUCGAUUUAACGAAGAAAUGCUCGAUUAUAAUUGUGACCCCUUGGUAGUUAUCAAACCGCUUGAAGAGUCAAAUAUGGAGGAUAAUUAUUGA